AUGAGCGCAACUGGAACAGCGUCCCCCGCCCCAUCGGCGGCCCCCAUCUCGCCACCAGCCAACUCGAAGACAUCCUUCGCUUCCAGCCUCCAGGAGUACAUCUUCAACACCGGCUUCUGCGGGCAGCAGUACGCCGACAUCCAGGUCGUCUUCUUCAACACGUCGCUCAAGCUACACCGAUUGAUCCUCGCGCGCAGCCCGUACCUUGCGCACCUGAUCCUGUCCCUCAUGCCCGGGAGCACGCUCCAACUGGCGUUUACAGACGGGAAUAUCACUGAGGAGGCCGUGUACAUUGCCCUGCAACACCUGUACAGCCCGGCGCCGGAACAUGUGAACGAGGGUAACGCGCGCGCGGUCCUCGCUGCGGCUCACCUCUUCGGCGAGGCCGACCUCGCUGAUGUGGCAUACGCGGCCGUUGCGUCUGCCAUCUCGGCGGCCAACGUGGGAGAGUACAUCCAGUGGGUCGGGAUAUCGCCGGCUGCCAAUGGCAACGGCUUUGCCUUUGGGAGUACCGGCUACGACGGCGAGUACGGCAACUACUCUGCCCGCCUGAGACAGGACGUGCUCGACUUCCUGCUCCGCUCGCUGCCUGACCACAUCAAGGCCGCGCCAGAAGGUACGCUGGCGACCGACCCGCGACUGCUUGCCGCCUACGUGCCCCUCCCCUUCGACCUGUUCAAGCAGUGUGUCGAGAGCCCCGACCUCCCCAUCCCCUUCAUGCAGGACCGAUUUUCGUUCGCCAAGCGCGCGAUUACCGCGAGGAAAAAGGCCGGGGGGGCGGGCCAGUUCGAGGAGAGCGCCGUGCUUGCGCUCAAGGACGACGGCGACGGCAUGGCUGUGCAUAUUACCCGCAGGCCCAAGCGCAGCCGUGCCGCACUGUGGAAGGUGGAGGGAUAG